GCGGCUUCUUAUCGUGGAUGCUGUCACGUCUCCCAACACAAAGCUGUAAUACUAGUUGAAGAAGCUGUAAAAGAUUUGCUGCCCCAUCUUACAUCAUGGAGGAAGCCACUGAAAUGAUGAGGUCCUUCUCUGAAUGUGCCUAUCAGGUUUACAAGAAGGACGAGUUUCAGAGAGCCACACAACUUCUUUACAGUGAAGCAUUUAUCAUCACUCUUAGCAUGCAGGGUCGGAUGCAGUUUUAUUGUACGGUUUGCAACAAGGAGAUGAACUGUGUGAAUUCAAUGACUGAACACAGCCACUCUGGAGCACACCAAAAAAAUAUAGACAGAGGUAAGAGAUGUGACGAGAACAAGAGUAGAACAGCUGCUCAACAAUAUGAAAAGAAUUCACUGCAGUACAAACUCCUCACCAGCAGUACUCAAGCUAUAGGUCUUCAUAUGGUGGAAGAGUUUCAAGUAACUUCAAGAAGCAAAGCAUACUUCAAGUGUAACCUGUGUGGAGCCCAUGGCCGAAUGGACUCUAUGUACUAUCAUCUGAUUGGAGUUAAACACACAGAAAAAUAUCUUAAAAGAAGGGUCAAUAUCGAAACAACUCAACUGAAUUCAAGAACCCGUGAAGAAUACCGCCAGCUGGAUCUUGAAGCUGAAGGUUCAAGAAUAGAGGAAAUAACACAUAUUGAAGGCAAACACAUGUUCCCUCAAGAGUGGCUUACUGAAGGGCAGCCUAAAGGAAAUCAAGUGACUGAAGAUGUUGAUGGUUUUCCAGGACAAAAGAGUCAGUAUGAUAAAUACAAGCACAACUGUUAUAAGUUGGAGAAGGUUGAUUCUAAGGACAAAGCAUGUCAGACUGACCACGAGGAUCCCUUUGAGAACAUCAUGACAGUAUUGUCAACACAACACAGUAUGAUGCUGGACGACAACUUUACCCUUUAUGGCCCAGACCAAGCCCUGGCCUGCAUGCAAGUUAUGUUCCCUCUGGGUGAGACAAUUUAUGAAGCCACAAAUAAGGAAAUGAAAAGGCAAACAGACCUGGACACAUUACAGAAGGAACAUUCUAAAAAGAAGAAUCUGAACAAAUUCCUUGGACUCCUGCAGCAUAUUUUGAUUCCUAGGGCAGAGCAAGAUUGCCAGGUCAGUUUGAUGCAUAACAUUAUGAAAACAGAUUAUUAGUUUCUCAAGAUGAAAAAUUGUAAUAGUUUCUUUUGCUGUAAAAAUGGAAUUAUUUAUUUGAAUGAAAUGAUAUGGUUAAUUUUUCAUGAUGUUUUCAAUGUAGGAAUUAGAGUUUGAUCAUUUCAAUGUGCUGAUCUGUCAUAUGGCAUAUUCAUUUUCUUUUCCUGAAGUGGAAAAAAAUCCUCUCUUUUUGUUUGUCUGAAGUGGGAAAAAAUGUGACUUCUUUCCAUUCUUUGAGUGAAAUGAUGUGACAUUUCUGUCUUACAGAGCUUCUGUUAAUAAUUAAUUUGUGUUGAUAUGUGUAGCCUAGAGUAGGAGUAAGAAUUUGUCAUUUUUUUCAAUGAUGUGCUGAUUAUGAUAUUGUGACUUUCAUGUAUAGUCUCUGUGGGUGGAGUGCAAAAAAAAUUAAGUACAAUUAUUUUAUCCAUUCAGCUAUGCAGCAAGAUCUUUUAUGUAUAGCAUUUCCAUUCAUCUUAUACUAUAAGCCAUUUCUUUAUGCCUGAUUAUUAUUAUUAUUAUUAUUAUUAUUUUUUUUUUUUUUUUUUUUUUUUUUUUUUUUUGUGUGUGGUCUAUAUGAAAGAAUUUUACAUUGUAAUUUGGUGAUUAAGUAUUUUUAUAAGUCAUGAUAUUCUUUUCUUCUUCCUUUCUAUCAGCUGAUGUAAUAAUGGAUUAACCUGGAUUCCUUAGAAAAUUAUUGCAAGAUGUUACAACUUAUAGUGUGCAUUUCUCAUAAUAUCUGUUAUAGUGUGUAGUUUUGUGUAUUGUAUUUAUGUUGAAAUAUGUUUUAGGUAAAUUAAUUUGAUUUGCAUUAUCUUUGGCUGUUUUGCCUUGCAUAUUUCAUAUAAAUGUCAUUAAAGUUAAUUUCAGUAUUCAUUAUAUUCUCUUAACCAGACAGGUUUUCACUUCAGUGUGGCUGAACUUUCAGGGAUAGUUGAUGAAGUACAUGAGACUUGCCACAGGCUCAUUUGAAGUGUGCUUUGAAUAUUAUGAAGCAGGUCACCUCUGCUA